UCGAGAUUCAAAUAAUAAAUGAGUCACAGGAUGUCCUUUACUGCGCAUGCUUGAAGACCGUAGCAACGACAACUUUUGACAAGAACCUGCUAGUCUAAUAAACACAAUGGCUGAAGUUGAGGAAACUUUCAAAAGAAUCCAGGCCCAUAAAGGUGUCAUAGGAGUAAUUGUGGUGAAUUCUGAGGGAAUCCCAAUCAGAAGCACACUUGACAAUUCCACGACAGUCCAGUAUGCUGGUCUGAUCAGCCAGUUAGCAGCUAAAGCGAGAAGUACUGUUCGUGAUAUUGACCCAGGCAAUGACCUGACAUUCCUAAGGAUAAGAUCAAAGAAGCACGAGAUUAUGGUUGCCCCAGAAAAUGAAUAUUUGUUGAUUGUAAUCCAGAACCCAGAUGCGGUGUAAAUGCGUUAUAUCCCUUUGGAUGUUCAUCACCACUAGACAAAGAAUACCUUCUCAUCUGUAUCCAGUCUCCUCAUGAUUAGGCUGUGACAGCCCCUAUAUAAUGCCACUUCUAACAAAUUCUGUGUUACAAUGUUCAGCUCUCUGUGUCAUGUACAGCAACAAACUUAUAUUAAAUGUUUGUUUUGGAACAAUACAACUCAUUAUUUAUGCAUAUGAAAUGUGAUCAAUAAAAAUUCUUAAAAUUUGA